AUGAGGAACUUGGGAGGGGAAUGCAACGGGGAAGCGGUAGCAGUGCUCGUCUUCUGUUGUCCUCGUAGGAACCAAAUCAACACGGCCAUUUGCUUUAGAAAACUUUCUGCGGGAUCAAAUGCUAGAAGAACAUUUCUUAAAGUGCCCAGAAGCAGUGGUUCAUCAUCCUCAGAAGGUAUUCCAGAGGAUUCAAAAUCUUCAGACCAAGAGAAGGUGCCUUUUGGAUACACAAGAAAAGAUGUGCUACUUAUUGGUCUAGGAGUAACUGUACUAGGUGUUGGUUUGAGAUAUGGAUUGGAGUUUGGUGGAGUUGAUCCUUUGCAAGCAGGCAAUGUUGUUCAGUUAGUUAUGGUCUUGGGGCUCACAGUUGGAUGGAUUUCUACUUACCUAUUUAGAGUCUCAAAUAAGGAAAUGACUUAUGCACGGCAAUUAAGAGACUACGAGAAUAAAGUCAUGCAAAAGCGAUUAGACAGUCUGACAGAAGCUGAACUGGAAGCAUUGCUCAAGCAAGUAGAAGAGGAAAAAAAACGCAUGCCUAGUGACGAGCAACUCUGAGUCAAGUUCUUGUGAUUGAAAGGUUAAUUAUAGUCUACACAGCACAGUCAAAAGCUUCUCAUGUGUGGCAUAGCAUUACCAUGUUGUACUUUCAAAAGUAAAGGUUACUUGCCGAUCCCAACUAAAUCAAACAAAAGAUUUUUAAGGUGUGCUGAGCAGAAGAAAUAAAGAUUCUAAGAGGUUUUUUUGGGGGGAUUAGCAAUUAAACUCUUUUGCUAGUGAAAAAUGAGGAGAAACAGAAGGCCAUUGCGAAUGAAAUAGUUGCAAAGAUCACUGAUGUUUGCUGGGAUGAGUGCAUCACUGGAAGUAUCAGAAACAGCUUUAGUUAUAGCAAAACUACACGCCUCAGUAACUGCGCGAAGCGAUAUGUGGAGUUGAGCAUGUUAACAAUUCAACGGUUUAAAAGCAUCCAGUGAUUUAUUUUCAGGUUUGGAUGUGCUUGGAGGCAGCUUUCACCAUCCAUAAACUUCUCUCAGGAGAAUUUAAUGCUUCCUGCAUAUCAGACACCAGCAAAUUGCUUUUCCUUGUGCAUCAAGGUGUCAUUGAGUGUCCGUCUUAAAAUAUCAGGUGGAAGUGCCAAGAUUGAUUCGUGAAAAUUUAAUUAAUAAGUAUUUGGCGGCAUGCUUUGUAAUUGUUAAUCAUGGUCAAAGUGAGCGAUUACCUCUGGUCAUAUUCAAAAAAGCAUUAUUUUUUAGAUCCGUUUUUAAGGGAAAGAAACCCAACUUUCCAUUGUUAUUUGCUCAUAAUCUGUAGUCUGAAUUUACAUUACUUUGAUCAUCAGUUCAGUUCUCUACCAUCCAGAUUGUGAUAAA